ACCUCCAUCGGAAGAUGGCAAAGCGCCGAGUUUGUGUGGGUAUCCCACAAUGCACUGCGCUGGCAGCUGUUUCCAUAGAGACGCGGAUGUCGGCCUUCCGAAAAUGCUGCGUGGUUGAAGAAAAGGCGUUAAAGGAGCGCUAGGGAUGUCUGCCGAGGAUGAAGAGCAGUUGCAGGCUCUGCUCAAGCAACUUCUUAGGAGCGUCAACGAACGACUCUCUAACGCUCCUUCACCUCAAAGCGCUGAGGAAAUCCUUCUUCACCUGGAGGAGACAGAUAGGAACUUCCACAACUAUGAGUUUGUCAAGUACCUGCGUCACUAUGUGGAUAAUUCCCUGGGCAGCGUGGUGGACGAGGAGAUCAGGAAGUUGACCAGUGGGGAUGGACAACCCGUCAACUCAGGACAUGACACGCUGAUCCACUCAGUGAUCAGUGGGAGCAGAGCGUCAGAAGAGUACCAGAAGAUGAUGCAAACUUUGAAAGCCACCAUGAUGACGGUGGCAGAGUCUUUAAUCAGCAGAUUUGAAGAGGACCAGCUGAAGAAGGAGGAGAUGCAGCACAGCCUCUAUGCUGAUGAGUGCUCGGACAGCGAUUCCUCCUUCAACCAGAGUUACGCAUUUAUUCGACAAGAACAGCUGCAGGCGUUGGCUGAAAAACUGGAUGCAAGUCAACCCGAGGAGGUGCGCAAGAAGGCUCUGCAGGCGCUCUGUUGCGCUCCGCCGUCUGAUGUUCUGUGCUGUGAGAGCUGGAACCACCUCCGCCAGAAUUUGUGUGCAAUGCUGAUCGAGCCCAAUACCGAUCUCAGUGAUAACGUUCUUCAGUUCUUCGCUAAAAGCUUCUCCUCCUCGCCUCUGAAUGUCACCCGGGAAAUCUACACCACCUUGGCUAAAAGUGUGGAGUCCAUCUUUCUGUCCCUUAAGUUGAGCUUGACAAGCUUCUCUACUGGCUUGGACAUCAACAGACCUGAGAUCAGCUCACUCCUCAAACAGAUGCGGUUGAUGAAUGACUUUCAAAAGGAGGUGACCGCCUUCUGGAUCCGCCAUCCGGAGAAGUACAUGGAGGAAAUCAUCGAGAGCACCUUCUCUCUCUUGUGUCUGCAUUUGGAAUCUCGCUCACAUGUUCAAGAGAAAGUAUUGCAGCCCAUUUACUUCCUGGCCCUCCUGGAUGUUGAAGCUGCUUGGUUCAAAAAGUGGAUGCAUGGAUCUUACAGCAGGACUGUGGUUCUCAGACUUCUGCAGAGCAAAUACAAGAGUUUGAUAGAGGCAGCUGUGCAGCAGUCCAUCCUUUUCCUAGAAACCUGCCAGGAUUCUACUCAUCUCCAGUCCGAGGAGCAACAUAGCGCAGGCCAGAGGAGCAUCUACACUGCAAAGGAGCUCCAAUACGCCCUGGUUGUUCAUUCACUGAGCAUCCUGGGGAAACUCCUCCUCUACACUAACGGGAGGAAGCUCUUUCCCAUCACAGUGCGGACACGCAAAGAUCCGGUCAGCCUGACAGAUCUGGUUGUCGUCCUCAUAACCAUCAUGUACCAAUACCCCAAGCCUCUUUGCAGUGAUAUCUUAUUCACAGACUCGCUAUCGCCCAGUAGCCUGGUGAUGUCGGCAUUGUGGAUGAUGUCAGAGAGGACGAAGUGCGCCGACGAGUGUCUCCAUCAGACGACCGUCAUCGAGACGCUGCUGGCGCCUGUCAUCGCUCUGCUCAGGGACAAGCAGGCCAAUUUAAAAAGUCCCAAGUCCACACUGCCUCUCAUUGCUGACGUCCUGGCUCGUAUGGUAAACACAGACAGAGGGUUAGCGCUCUUCCUAUAUGAGAGAAACCUGCCUGUUGCCCAAAGCGAGAGAACCUCUGCUGCUCACGUGGUUGUUCAGUUCACCCUGAAGUUGCUGGAUGAGGAGUUAUUAUUGCUGGGGCAAGCUGACACGCCGCGUGUACUUUGUGGGGCCUUCAUAUUUGUGUGCAGACAGAUGUACAACACCUGUGAGGGCCUGCAGGUCCUGCGACCCUACGGCUUGCACAAGGCUGCAUCUGCUGCUUGGAGAAAGACCAGCUUCCUGUCAGAAAGAGUUCUGACCCCGGGGAAUGGAAACAACCCUGGAAUGUCGUCCACCCAGGAAAUGCCGCACAUGCUCAUGUGGGAGGAGACGUUGUUGGACAGCCUGUUGAACUUUGCUGCCACCCCUAAAGGUCUGCUGCUGCUUCAGCAGACUGGAGCCAUGCAGGAGUGUGUCUCCCACAUGUUCUCUCGCUUUAGCAAAAAGAUGCAGGUCAGCCGCUGUGAGAAGUUUGGCUAUGGUGUCAUGGUUACGCAGGUGGCAGCAACAGGGGCAGGCAUGAAGGCUCUGCACCGUUCAGGGUUUGUGCGAGUCCUGGUGCUGGAGCUGUGGUCUGCUCUGGAGUGUGGCAGCGAAGAUGGAAGAGUAGUCCGCCCCAAGUCCACGCCCCUGGAUCCAAUCGACAGGAGCUGCCUUAAGUCCUUCUUGUCCCUGGUCAACGUGCUCUCCUCCUACCAGUCAGUGUGGCAGCUUCUGGCUGGACAGCCUUUAGCCAACAAGACUGAAUACACAUUGAGAGAGGUGCCCAGCUCUGUACCUGAUGUGAUUGACAGGCUGAUAUCCGUGAAUUCUGCCGCCAAGAUCCAUUCCCUCUUCCACUAUGAACAGUCGCACACAUUUGGCCUAAGGCUGCUCAGCGUGCUGUGCUCUAGUCUGGACUCCUUCCUGCUGCUGGAGAGCCAGUACAACAUUUGUUCCAUGCUGCUUCAAAGCCAGCGGGAGAACGUGGCUGACCAGGACGCCAGUGACGGGAGCUGCAUCAUAGACAAUCUAUCGGUGGAGAGGAACCACGUGCUGGUUCGUGUCGCUCUAGUCGGAGGACCGUGUGAGAGGAGACUUCCUCCUCGAGCCCUGCAGGAGGGAGAUAAUCCUUAUCCAUGGCCCAUGUUCUCAUCCUAUCCUCCACCAUCCUGUUACAUCCUUCACCCACCAAACCCCCAACACUAUCCACUGGAACCUGAAAUGAGUGCCUUCUUGACUUCACCUCAAACCACAUGGACAGAGGAGAACUGGAUAGAGAUGUGCCGCCGACUUUAUCGCAGAGUUAUGACCAGCGGGCACAACGCCCUGAGCGGCACAGUGCUAGCUGACCUUGUGGAGAAGGCUGUGGUCCAUCUGUCCAAAUCUUCUGCAGAGUGCGUCUUUCCUCCGCCUCAGCACAAAGAGCAAGAGAAGAGUGUGGAAGACGUUGUCCUAUCUCCUGUGGAAAAUCUCGGAAUGAACAUCUGUCUGAGGUAUGGUCAUGUCCUCCAGCUCCUUCAAGAAGAUGCUGCGAGCAGCCUGACGCUCCUCAUGAAGCACGUGAAGAUCUUCCUGUCCCGGCAGAGAGUUCAAACGUCUUCGGAGCUCCUCGUUCGGCUUGAAGACUAUCCAGGCCACGACUGGCUGGCGUCAACCGUGUUCCUGAUAAUGGCAGGAAACUGGCGGCGGUGUUUGAGUGUGCUUGUCAAGCUGUCGUCUCUGCUCAGCUCUGCCCUCAUCUGGCCGGCCAGGACACAUGCAUCUGUUGUCGUUACUGUGCAAGUGGCCAAGUCGGGGAUCCCACCUGUCUACUGGAGCACGGCUCACUAUGUAGAGAUGCUCCUGAAGGCCGAACUUCCAUUGGUCCACUCUGCCUUCAGGAUGUCUGGUUUCACUCCAUCCCAGAUGUGCCUUCACUGGCUGGCUCAAUGCUUCUGGAACUUUCUGGACUGGCCUGAAAUCUGCCACUAUGUGUGCACCUGUGUGCUGCUGGGCCCUGACUACCAGGUCUACACCUGUCUGGCCCUCUUCAAACACCUGCAGCCCGACCUCCUGGAGCGCACACAGUCUAGUGAGCUUCAGGUCUUCCUCAAGGAAGAGCCAAUUAAGGGAUUCAAGUUCUGUGACUAUCUGGAGUUUAUGGAAGUUCUGGAGAGACGCUACAGGAACAUCGUUCUCACCGACAUGAAAACUAUUGGACACCCCAUAGAGUGACAGUGGAGAGGAGAAUGCUAAUGUUACCAUAGAUCUUUAGGCUUUAGGCUGGAAAUUGCAAUUGGGUGGAAACAAUUAAUGACUUGAUCAAUCAAGAUCAGGAGUAGGAUUUAGGCCAGACCUGGGCAUUCUGCUGCCCGCGGGCCGCAUCCGGCCCUUUGUACGUCCCUGUCCGGCCCGCGUGAGGCCAAUUAUAAAUUACAAAAUACAUUUAAAAAAGUAUCUAUUUUGAGUGUGCAAUACAACGGUGCUGCUUUUGUUUUGAAAAGCGUUAUUUGUAUUACUUCCGUGUGGAUGUAUACUCGUGCGCGCAGCGGCAAUCACAAAUACAAAAUAAAUUUAAAAAAAAAUCUUUGUCGUGCGUGCAAUACAACUGUGCUGCUUUUAUUUUGAAAAGUGUUAUAUGUGCGUAUGUCCUGUGAGGGAAGGCGCACAGCGACAAGUGAUGCCCGGUUAUCCCCGAGACGCUAAAAAGAGAAAAGUUGAUGACGAAUGGCGUGUUUUAAAAAAGACAUGGACUGCCAAGUAAAGGUAAAGCCGUGUGCUUAUUUGUGGUACACACGUUGCUGUGUUUAAAGAAUAUAGUGUAACGACCUGCUGAAGUAGAUGUUGUCUUCUUGAGUUGCGUAAAUGAGGAGUGAGGAGACGUGCGUGUGGAAGGAACGAGAUAUGUUGAGCUGUGUUAG